CAACUGAAGAUCAUCCAUCCAAAGAGACGAAGUAUUGAAGGUGCCUCCGAUCAACUAGCCAAGUGCAUCCCAGUCUGUCUCUACCCGUCUACCGAGCUUCAAAGUUUCAUUCCAUCUACACUCCCUUUCUUUUCAAUUGUCCCUUUCCUCCGGCUCAUCAGCACACGGCACACCUUCACAACACGAGCAUACAUUCACGCGUUUCGGCGGUUACAAUCAUUGACACUCUCUUUCAUCUUGGAUUCGAUACUUUUCGCUUCGUCAUAGCCCAGGUAGACUAUGAAAGAUACGCAUACAUCAACAUCCCGUCGGCCAAAACACGAUCAUAAGCAUCAUCACAAGCGGACAAAGUCGUUGCAGGUGCGGCAGGAUGUCGGAGGAGCAGUUGGAGCAGCAGCGCCUGUGGAUCCGGCAGCGGCGGUGACUUCGGUGGUUGCGGCGGCUACGGAGGUUGUUGGGGACGCGUCGAACGUUGUUGCGGAGCCGACGAGUGUAGUUGGAGAUGUCGUGGCCGGCGCAACGGAUGUUGCUGCGAGUGCGUUGGAUGGGACUAUGGUUGUUUCAACACCUGUUACGGACGCAGCGGCGGCGGAAACAGCGGCAUUAUUGGUUGAUUCGUCAAUACCAACGACAACGUCCGAUGCGGUGCUCGCUAUAGGUACGACGGCUGCGGAUGGGUCGAUACCAGCCAGUUCGAUGUGGUCAGAGGUAUCAACAAUAUCGAUAUGGCCCUCAACAAACGUAGAUCCUUCACAGUCAGCUUCCGCAAUAGUUUCGAGUACACCAGCACCCUCAGCAAGUACCGACACAGCAAAUGCUACUUCGUCACUCAGCGGCUCAUCAGCAGUAUCAACCAGAACGACGUUACUACCGAACCUAAACUCAACAUCAUCCUCAAACGCAACAACCGCAAGUUACUUCCUUAACUUCACUUACAUCUACUCCUCAACUUACGCCCUAUCCGACGACGCCUCCCUCAUCCCAACAGCGACAUCCUGGACCGUCCUCCCCACAAACGCAACCUCCGACACGACCGCAACCCUCCCCCAACCGUCCUCAACCUCCACCUCUUCCUCCACAAACCCGACCCUGGCACCAGUCCUCGGCGGAGUUCUAGGCGGCAUCGGAGCAAUCGGGAUUGCAUUGGGCAUGGCACUUUUCAUGCUCCGCCGUCACCGACGCCUAAAAGACGAUAUUGCACGCGACCCAACAACCCCCUACCGCGAGAAAGGCCCUGGAGGCCGCGGACCAAAUACGAACAGCAUGACCGCAAUCGGAGCAUCCGCUGCGCCGUUCGCGAUACGUAUGCACACCCCCACAAAAGGGCUCCCGAAAUCCGAGUCAACAGAAGGCUUCGUGGUCAUUUCUGGUCGGAGACUGAGUAACCCGCCUCCGGCGAGUGAUACUUCCAGUGUGUACGAGUUGAGUCCGCCGGCAAGUCCGCAUAGAAGGGGUGACCAGGUACCGGGCGUGGGGGUUGGCGUCGGUAAUGGACCCCCGCCGCCGUUUUUGGCGGGGAUUCAGAGGUUAGGGGGCACGGGUACGGUGUAUCGGGAAGGACAGGGUCCGGAGCGGGAUCCGAUUGGACGGACGUUGGUUCAGCAUGAUGGGAGUUCGAGAAGUAGGUUCGUGGAGCAGCUAUAACAGUAGUGGUGACGG